AUGGGAUCUGACUACUGUACAGAAGCUCAACAUUCCUUUGGCAAUUAUUUAGAUGCGCUUGAGCGCGCGCCGACUCCGCCCGGUCGGGUAGACUUUCGCAACGGUCCACCAGUCCACUGGGCAGUGGCAGGAGAGUUCGGCACUCGCACUAACUUCGUCCUGAACGAGUCUGAUCCUUCCUCAGCUCACCUCACCGUGAAGAAAGCGUCGCAUCACGACGAAGGCGUCUAUAGAUGUCGCAUCGACUAUGUUGACUCGCCGACAAGGAACUACCGUGUCAAUUUGACUGUCAUUGUUCCUCCAGAGUCUGUCCGGGUGUACAACUCACAAGGAGAUGAGAUUCUGGGCUCCAGUGCUGGGUAUUUUAGAGAGGGGCAAGAUUUACUUCUUUCCUGCCAGGCUGUGGGUGGGAGACCUCCACCAGAUGUAUCUUGGUACAGAGGCGAAGAACGCCUAUCAUUGACCAAAGAAGGCUCAGUGAGUCAACUGCACAUACCCUCGUUGUCAAGAGAGAUGGCCGGCACAAGGUUGCAGUGCCGAGUAGACCCACCUCUCAUGCAGCCUAUGUUUAGAGAUGUCACUUUAAAGUUAUAUUUAAAACCGCAGUUCGUUAAAGUGCGUGGCAGUGGGGUGACGCGUGUGGGACAGGACAGAGCGUUUGAGUGUACUACGCGUGGCUCCAAGCCCGCGCCAAACAUAGACUGGUUCAUCAACUCGCAGUUGGUGGACUCGACGUUGACUUCGGUCGAUGUGGAAGGCGAAGUAACAAAAAGCGCCUUAACCUGGCACGUGAGAAGAGAAGAUAGUGGGAGACAGCUGGUGUGCAGAGUGUCCAAUCCUUGGUUCCCGGCUUAUACUCUGGAAGAUUCCAUUAUUCUUGAUGUUAUGUAUCCUCCAAUGGCCCAAAUAUCCCUGAUCGAGCCCAAAGAGCCUCGGCUUCUGCGGGAAGAUGAAAACGCUGAGUUGCUGUGCUCAGCUGACGCCUAUCCUCCAGCGACUAAUUUUACUUUUUAUAAAGAGGGUCAUCAAAUCUGGGAUGAUCCAAUAGGAGGUAUAGCUGUAGAAGGAAAUAGGCUGAUUUUGCGAGGUCUCAGAAGACAUCAUUCUGCUCGGUACAAAUGCCGGGCAAGAAGCUCAGAGGGCAGUGGACUUAGUGAACCCCUUACUUUGAAUGUUUUGUCUCGACCAGAAUGCUCAGCGGGCAGCGUCGUGCAGCAACUAGCAGGGACCCCUGGAGGAGAAGUCAGGGCUCGAUGUUCCGUUACUGCCCCAUCUACGCGGGAAACUGGCCCGUUGAGGUUCUAUUGGACUUACAAUGGCACGAGAGAUGUUUUACCUAUACCAGCAUCAAACGUCACAGUAAUAGGAGCAAGUAGUUCCGUUGUCCAUGGACUUCCAUCUGAUGCUGGAGACGAUCUUGGUUGGCUGGCGUGCUGGGCCAGCAAUGACAUCGGCAACCAGCGCGAGCCGUGCUUAUUCAGGAUUACUCCUGCUGCUCUACCAGAUCCUCCAAGCAACUGUGAGAUCAGCAACAGGAUCUUACACUGCGAACCAGGCCACGACGGUGGUCUUCCCCAGCGGUUCCUUCUCGAAGCCCUGGAGGUACGGACAUCACAGCCCCUGGACGUCGACAAUGAAAUAUCAACGCUGAACGAUCAGGGUGCAUUGGAGCGAGGUCUUUUCAAACCAUCAUACAGGGACAGUAACGAUGUACCGCAUUUCAAUCUAAACGAUUUAAAUCCGGGACAGUAUACGUUGCUCGUGUACUCAGAGACUUCGCGUGGGAAGUCACGUAGACCUGCAGUGCUGUCUAGUGUUUCCAUUCGGAAUGCCGAGGAUCUUGAUAGACCUGGAUCUCUCCAAACGAUGACACCAACGCCGCCUCAAUCCCAGCCACCAACGAACAAUAGCGUGGCUCUUUUAUUUGGAGCUGCUUUAUCUCUGAUAUUAGUGACUAUUUUAACUACAUUGUGCGUGUCACUUGUAGUGAUGUGCAAGAAAAAGAGGCCUCGCCUUGAGCCUGAACGAAGUACAAUAACUCGAAGAAACGUUGGAGUAUCAAUGUAUGGGGGUUCAUCACUAAUAUCACCAAGCGUGGUUCCCACAGUGGUGGUUAGAGGUCACCGAGGUUCCAGGGUGCUGGCUGCGAGGUGGUCUGGUGUACUAGAUGACAUGCCCAUGGCUGUGUUGGCUCUAGAUACUAAUCCUCAUUCGGAGGCAGAUUCCCACAGCGACACUGAUCAAGCUUCUCUUACAAGAAACGAACACAGUAUAGAAACACAGACAGGUUCUUGAUCAUGAUUUCAAGUGUAAUUUUACAUGCUUGUGAAAAUAUAUUUUGAGUUAAACUUUGAAACGCUCACAGGGUAUGUUGCUAUAGCUGUUUAAGCCCCAAAGGAAGAAUCAACGUCGAAGUAUUAAAAUAACAACUGGUUACUACCAGUCUUAUAACAGACAAGCUUUGUACCGAAUAAUUUCUGUAGUGGAUGAUUUGGUUGUUGGUACAGUGCGGUACGUCAUAAAAGUUGUAUUUAGUUAAU